GAUUUCCAUUCCUGUGUUUCUUGAAACUUCGAUGGCGCAGGGACAAGAUCCAGGUGGCGGGCAUUCGAGACCAUCACGACAGGCUGCUUGCCGAGACUGCAGAGGCUGAAAGGAGUGCGAACCAGGCAAGGAAGGACGCCUGGAGGGCAGAAGAGGGCCUUUCGGCAAAAACUCGCGAACUGGAGGAGGCCAGAGAACAGAUACAGCUCCUCAAGGUUGCCGGGCAGCAGGUCGUUGCAUUCCAGCAAGAGCUGGAAGUUGUUAGGAGUGAAAAGGCAGCGCUGCGGCACAUGUUGGACACCGAGAAGCAGGCGCACGCUCGUGCCGAAGCGGAGCUCGAGCAGCUGCAGAAAGACAGAACCCGGCUUGGUGCAGAAGUCGAAGAGCUUCGGAGCCUGCAUGGAAAGUUGGAGGAGAAGCUCGUGGCGGCCGAGAAUGUGCCAUCGGCCCUGGUUCGGCAGCUGCAAGAAACGCGUUCGCGGCUCUCGACAGAGGCCUCGGAAACCGAGAGACUGCGGCAGCAGCUUCAGGUGGCAGAACAAAGAGCUGCACCACACCGAACGUGGGUGAGUGCCCUUCAGAAUCUCGAGCAAGAGAUCUUCUCAGGCAGCACUCCGGACAUGGAGGUUGGCAAGGUGACGAGGCGAAGCCGCGCGCUGGAGGAGAGAACUCUCCAACUCGAGCGGGAGAUCAGCGCCUUUGAACAGCGACACAGGACAAGGAGACGGGAAGUUCCGUGGUCUGACGACGAGUCCGAGAUGUUCGCCGAGGAGCCGCUUCAGUGGGGAGGUGUGCCAUGGUGUGCGGCAGCAUCGUUCGUGACACCGACGCCUGGCCGUCCCUGCGCCUCCAGGGCCUCGACGGAGCACGAGCUUCUGCAAGGUGCGGUGCCAUCUCCAAGGCUCCCAGAGGAGAGCCAGAGGACGCUGAUGCCGUGUGGCAGGCCGGCUUGCAUCUGGGCACAGACCACUCCCCGCAGAGGCCGGUCCUGCAGCAAAGGUGCGCUGCAUCGGACAUGGAGGCUCCGCCGAGAGCUGCAGGCCCGGCAGUUGCAGCACCGAGCCGGGAGGACCAGUCUCCACCGGCACCGCCGUCCACAGC